AUAAAUCAACAGAACCUCAGCACGUGGGACCCAUAAUGACAAUAAAGUUGAAUUGAACGGAUCACUGACCCAGGUCCAACAUCAGAGGCUCGAGCGUUGACUGAUUAACUCGUGACGUCACCGCUCCGCCGUGAUGUCACGGGCAGGUCUGCGGGACACUCGUCGGUCAGCAUGAGGAGCGCGUGGAUGCUGCGGCAGCUCGCUCUUCACCCCCGCGUGCCGGUGGGCGUCAUAGGAGCACCUUUCUCCAGGGGACAGCCUCGUGGGGGAGUGGAGGGGGGGCCGGACCUGAUCAGAGCCGCGGGACUCCUGCACAGACUCCACGAGCAAGGCUGUGAAGUGAAGGAUUAUGGGAACGUGCCAUUUGAGGACGUGGCGGUGGACGACCCGGUUGGUCGGGUGAAGUGCGUGCGCGCUGUGGGCGGAGCCAACCGGAGGCUGUCUGAGGUGGUGCAAGAGGUGAAGAGGGACGGACGCACGUCAGUGAUGCUGGGAGGAGACCACAGCCUGGCCAUUGGCUCCGUGCACGGCCACGCGGCGGCGGUGGGGGGCGUGGCCGUUGUCUGGGUCGACGCCCACGCAGACAUCAACACGCCGCUGAGCUCGCACACCGGGAACCUCCACGGCCAGCCGCUGUCCUUCCUGCUGCACGAGCUACAGCACGAGAUUCCCAUCCUGCCAAACUUCUCGUGGAUCAAACCGUGUGUUUGGGCCAAAGACCUGGUCUACGUGGGUCUGAGGGACCUGGAUCCAGCAGAGCACUACAUCCUGAAGCUUCUGGGCGUGAAGGUGUUCUCCAUGACGGAGGUGGAUCAUCUGGGCAUCGCCAGAGUCAUGGAGGAGACCUGCGAGUACCUGUGUGGCAGAGUGAAGAAACCAAUCCACCUGAGCUACGACAUCGACGCCAUCGACCCCUCAGUGGCUCCGGCGACGGGAACACCUGUGGUGGGAGGGCUGACCUACAGGGAGGGCGUGUACAUCGCCGAACAGCUGAGUCGGACAGGUCUCCUCUCGGCGGUGGACCUGGUGGAGGUGAAUCCUCUGAGGGGUCGGACCGAAAAGGAGGUCCAGGCCACGGUGGGAACGGCGGUGGACCUUUUGCUCGCCUGCUUCGGACGCCUGCGCAGCGGAAACCACCCUCCGGGUUACCGCCUGCCCGAGGCCCCAGGGGGGGGGGGCCUCGACCAACCGACCUCUCAACCAAGACCUGAAGACCUGAAGACCUCCUGUCGGAACCAAAGAUGAUGAACGUUAAACACAAAUUCUGUUCAUGGAUUCAUUCAUCUACUGUAUCAAUAUUUCUUUUAUUAAUGAUGUAAUCUUUAAAUGUCAGAAGGGAGUAAGACAUGCAACAAUCUGUUGAUCAGGGACAGAAUAAAUAGGAAGUGAUUGAUCUUCAAUGUUCUCUUGAUUAAAAAAUCCAUCCAAGUGUAAAUUAUUCAAAAUGAAUUUGAAAUGUUUUCUAUUGUUAAAAUGUAAUUAAACAAUUUUAAUCUAACAGCG